CGUCCAGCACGAAAGACGCUCAUACUAGAUCUUGACGAGACUCUGAUACAUUCCCUGUCCAAAGGCAGCACCAUGUCUAGUGGGCAUAUGGUGGAAGUCAAGCUCGGUUCACAUGCUAUUCUCUACUAUGUACACAAACGGCCGCACUGUGACUUGUUCCUCCAAAAAGUAUCCUUGUGGUAUGACCUGGUCAUCUUCACGGCGAGUGUACAGGAGUAUGCGGACCCCGUUAUUGACUGGCUCGAACGGGACCGGAAGUACUUCAAGGCGAGAUACUACCGCCAGCACUGCACCUAUCGCUUCGGGGCGUAUAUGAAGGACCUGAGCGUUGCAGAAGAAGACCUGGGAAAAGCCGUCAUUAUCGACAAUUCGCCCCUUUCCUACCGGUUGAAUGAGGAGAAUGCAAUACCCAUCGAAGGUUGGAUUAAUGAUCCAACAGACAACGAUCUCCUCUACCUCCUGCCACUGCUCAAUAGUCUGCGGAUGCUGUAUGAUGUACGUUCUUUGCUGAAGCUCAGACUCUAG